CCAAACAUCUUAGUUUCAAGCCAUUUGCUAAAUACUAAGCUCUCUCUUUAUUCCUUUCUUGUAAGAAUGGAUCCAAUAGUUGCAACACCUAUCAGUGAGUCCUCAAAUAUCACUGGCUUUGUCGUAACAAAUCGUAAUGGAGUAAAGGGUCUCUCAGAAAUGGGACUCAAAACCCUCCCUAAGCAAUAUAUCCAACCUGUAGAAGAAAGGAUCAGUACUGUGAGCAACAUCUUGCCUCAAGAGUCUAUACCCAUCAUUGAUAUGUCAAACUGGGACGAACCAAAAGUCUCAGAAUCAAUCUGUGAUGCUGCAGAAAAGUGGGGUUUCUUUCAGAUUAUCAACCAUGGAGUGCCCAUUGAAGUGCUGGAGAAUGUGAAGGACGCAACACAUAGGUUCUUCAAUUUGCCAGCUGAGGAGAAGAGGAAGUUUUCAAAAGAGAACUCACCUUCCAACAGCGUGCGGUUUGGCACAAGCUUUAGUCCUGAAGCAGAGAAGGCCCUUGAAUGGAAAGAUUACCUGAGCAUGUUUUAUGUGUCCGAGGAUGAGGCCUCUGCAUUGUGGCCUUCUGCGUGCAAGGAUCAAGUUCUGGAAUAUAUGGGGGGGUCUGAACCAGUUAUCCAAAGGCUAUUAGAGGCACUAAUGAAGAGGAUAAAUGUGAAGGAAAUUGAUGAGACAAAAAAAUCUCUCUUAAUGGGUUCAAAGAGGAUUAACCUUAACUACUAUCCUAUAUGUCCUAACCCUGAGCUCACCGUGGGAAUAGGUCGUCAUUCUGACGUGUCAACCCUUACUAUCCUCCUUCAAGAUGAUGUUGGUGGACUCUAUGUGCGAGGAAACAAUGAUAGUUGGGUUCAUGUUCCACCUAUAAGCGGCUCCCUCGUGAUCAAUGUUGGCGAUGCACUACAAAUAAUGAGCAAUGGUCGGUACAAGAGUAUUGAGCACCGUGUGGUUGCCAAUGGAAGCAAGAAUAGGAUUUCGGUUCCUAUUUUUGUUAAUCCUAGGCCAGAUGACAUGAUUGGUCCUUUUCCAGAAGUGCUUGCAGGGGGUGAGAAAGCAUUAUAUAAGCAAGUUCUAUAUUCAAAUUAUGUGAGACAUUUCUACAAAAAGGCUCAUGAUGGGAAGAAAACAAUUGAAUUUGCAAAAAUAUGAUAUGUAUUCUGAGGUGUGUUGUCACUACAACACCGAUCAGUGUUGUCACUACAAGUAUGUUAUGUUCUAUUGUAAUGGAAAUAAAUUUUAUGAAAUAAAACACAAUCUGAAAUCUGUUUGAA